CGAAAGAUUCAGUGACCACGUGUAAAAAAAGCUUUCUCUAGCAUUUAUACCAGGAUUAUUUUUUGCUUUAUUUCUGUGAAAUACUGCUUUGGAAGUUAACACUUUUUUUUUUUAUAUUUUACAUUUUUAGUUGUGUCUAAGGAAUGGGUUUAUCACUAAAUCAAAUUGCAGUUUUCCUUGUUAUUCAACUGUCCAUCUCAUGUGCUUGGGCAAGGGUGCUGAGGUUACCCAGACCUGAUAGUCAAGGGCUUUUCUUCAAAGAGAGACUGCCAGAAAUCACGACAGUGUUCAAACACGAAAGCAUUGUUUUAACGUGUAAAGUUGGGGGAACAGAACCUACAAUUCACUGGUUAAAAAAUGGAAUAAGAAUCCAGCAGGGUUCCGGACAUGACUAUCGAGACGAUCAAACACAAUUCGAGGAUAACGGGUCAGCUUUCGGGAAGUCUUUUACUACGUCCAAGUUAUUUUUAGACUGCGUGGACGACGAGGAUGAAGACAUCUAUACUUGUGUUGGGCAAACCCCCACCUCAAGAAUUUCCCAAGAUACCAAUCUUGUCCUAAAACGUUCUGUUGAUGAUUUUUUAAACGUACCAGAGGAUGGGACUGGUGAAUUUUCAAGUAGAAAAUGCCUUGAAAGAGACACAGAAGCUAGAAUAUACCAGUUUACCACUCUGCGCAUGGAAACGAUGGGAGAGCCAGCACAAUUGUACUGCCGGGCUGAAGGAAGUCCCGCGCCGCAAGUCAGCUGGGUGGAUAAACACGGACAGGAAAUUCCUACGGAAAAUGAUAAAUACAAGAUCUUAGAAAAUGGUGAUUUGUUGAUUAAACGACUUACGUGGAGCCAAAUGGGCAACUAUGAAUGUCGGGCGUCAAACAGAAAAGGGGAAGAUUCACAAAAAAUAUUCAUCUAUCCACUGAAAAAUUCAAGAAGAAGUCGUAAUAACUUAUAGGACCAUAAUUUUUCUCUGGAACCUAAAGGACCGGAAUUUCUGUCUCGUUUUUCUAUUAAAAUACUCGUUGUGGCUUCGAUCAGGAGUUUAAACUUUGACAGGGUGUAUAUGCUUAUUUGCAUAAUGACGCAAAAAAUCUUUUUUCGCUUUACAACCAUAGGACACGAACAUAUUAUAUGAUGGAUAAUAGGAAACGAGAAAAAUAUGCCGUAAAAUAACUGGAGCUAUUUCAGUACUUGGAACCUUUCAAUUUUACGACAUUCUUGGACCGUCGUGAUUGAAUUUUUCCCAUGAACCCCCUGACCGGAAGUACGCCAUAUCAUUUUCGAUGAGAGUGACAUCGAAGACAUCACGCCUGCUCCUCUUAUGACGCCAUGAAAAAGCCACUAUAGUGAACAAAGACUUAUUUAUUAUUUAUUUUUUGAAUAUUUUGUGCAAUGAUGAUUUUGUUGUUAUUGUUGAGUACUAUUGUUAUUUUCAUUUUUUAUCAUUUUAAUCCACAUCGCAGUAGGUAGGAAUGUGUGUAUCUAAUGCCUGGUGCUUGAUUUCGAUAGGCAUUUCUGCAGCGAGUGCGGGGUUAUGAGUGCUACUGAAAAUCCUCAAUGCUACAAUAUUGAUUUUGACACAAAAUAAUUGUCAAAUUUUUGUUCACAAAUAUUAUACAUUAUAGGACCAAAAUGUCAACCAAAGUUUUUACCUGACCAAAUCUUGUUCAGAGUCCGUGUAUGAGUGUAUCAUUCAUUAUUUUUCUUCAUCUAUUUAUUAUCAUACUUUUCAUAAGGUGCCAGUCUUGUCACACAAAUGUAAGAUAUUAUAUUUUUGGUUUUAUUUUAUUGAUUAUUUAUUUUUUUGCAGAAAUGCAAUUUGUGCUCAAAUAAAAAAUGUUUAUGGUUAAUAAAGAAACCGUAAAACAAAGAA